GAGCUUAACCCCAAUGGAAACUCUUUCUCUUCUCCUUCUGUCCUACCUACUCCUAUUAGCUCCCAACCCCCAAAUUUCCCAUGCAACUGAUUUCAUUAAUUCUUCUCAAAUCUUUAGCUAUGGCGACGCCAUCAGUUCUUCCGGUGGACGCUUUGAACUGGGAUUCUUCAGCCUCGGAAGUUCCGUGAAACGAUACUAUGUGGGCAUAUGGUACAAACAAAUAUCCGUGCAGACCAUAGUAUGGGUCGCCAACAGAAAUGCUCCCAUCCUCAAUACAUCCCAGGUUGUCCUCAAGCUCAUUCCACCAGGCCGCCUCCUUCUUGUUCACGGUACAGACACAAAUGUUAAUAAUUCCACCAUCUUAUGGUCUACUAACACGUCAAGACCGGUGCGGAAUCCGAUAGCUCAGUUGUUGGAUUCCGGGAAUCUUGUCGUCAGAGAUGCCGCCGACGAAAACCCGGAGAAUUAUCUCUGGCAGAGUUUUGAUUAUCCGACGCAUACUUACUUGCCGGAUGUGAAAUUUGGGAAGAAUUUCGUUACCGGUAAAGAGGUUUACUUCACGGCGUGGAAAAAUGACGACGACCCUUCAUCCGGAGACGUUACGAUGCACUGUGAUCCCGCCGGGUAUCCACAGACCAUCAUCAGAAACUCCACGGCCGUGACGUACCGGACGGGGCCGUGGAACGGGCUCAGGUGGAGCGGAACACCGGCGUUAUCAAGAAACCCUAUCUACACCUACAAUCUGGAGAUGGACAAGGAAAAAGUAUGGGUCGCAUAUCAUCUUCUCAGAAACUCCGUUUAUAUCCAUUUAACCCUCUCGCCGGCCGGCGUUUUACAGAGCGAGACGUGGGUGGAGCAGAGCAAGACAUGGGCGAAUUACAUAACGGUUCCGUUAGAUGUCUGCGAUUCUUACGGAAUUUGCGGCCCCAACGGCCUUUGCAGCAUCGAUAUCUCCCCGGUUUGUGCUUGUUUCGACAAGUUUUUGCCCAAAUAUGAGGGGCCGUGGGACCGGACUCACUGGUCGGAAGGGUGUUUCCGGCGAACGCCGUUGAAUUGUAGUGAUGGAUCCGACGGGUUUCUUCUCUACUCCGGGAUGAAAUUGCCGGAUACCCGAAACUCGUGGUUUAACAAAACGAUGACGCUUCAAGAAUGCCAAAAAGUUUGCCUAAACAACUGUUCUUGCACGGCUUAUACUCAUCUCAAUAUAAGUACUAAUCCAGGAACAGGAUGUUUGCUUUGGUUUGAUGAUUUGAUCGAUACCAGAACACUUUCUCAAAACGGGCAAGACAUUUACAUUCGAAUGGCGGCUUCAGAAUUGCCAGUAUCCAAUGGAGGUUCAAAGGGAAACAGAAGAAGAGAUAUUCUUAUUGGGAGCUUAUUAUCAGCAUUUGGACUUACCCUGCUAGGGUUAGGGUUGAUAUUAUAUAUUCGGAAAAAGAAGAGGAAGGAGAAAGGAGAGAUGAGCACGCAGCAAGACUUUGAGCUGCCACUCUUUGACUUAUCUACUAUUAGUAGAGCUACGGAUAAUUUCUCUUUGAACAACAAGAUUGGAGAGGGCGGAUUUGGACCUGUUUACAAGGGUGUGCUAGAAGAUGGAAUGGAGAUAGCGGUGAAACGACUAUCGAAGAGUUCUACGCAAGGAUUAGAUGAGUUCAAAAAUGAAGUUAGUUAUAUCGCCAAACUUCAACAUCGAAAUCUUGUGAAGCUUUUAGGUUGUUGCAUUCAAGGAGAAGAAAUGAUGCUAGUCUAUGAGUACAUGACCAACAAAAGCUUGGAUGCAUUCAUAUUUGAUUCAACUAAGGGUAAAUUACUUGAUUGGUCUAUACGCUUCAAUAUUAUCAAUGGUAUUGCUCGUGGGCUGUUAUACCUUCACCAAGAUUCUCGAUUAAGGAUAAUUCAUAGAGAUCUCAAAGCCAGCAACGUCUUGCUUGAUAAUGACAUGAAUCCAAAAAUAUCGGAUUUUGGCUUAGCUAGAAGUGUGGGAGGGAAUGAGGUUGGAGCAAACACAAGCCACGUGGUGGGAACACAUGGUUAUAUGUCUCCGGAAUAUGCAGUAGACGGGCUCUUCUCAGUCAAAUCAGAUGUAUUUAGCUUUGGAGUUCUUGUCCUUGAAAUUAUCAGUGGCAAGAGAAAUCGAGGAUUUUCUCACCAAGAUCACUACCAUAAUCUUCUUGGCCACGCAUGGAUGCUUUACAAGAAAGAGAGAUCAAUGGAAUUACCAGAUGACCAUUUGGCUGUUUCAUGCGAUGCAUCACAAGUUGAACGGUCAGUUCAUAUAGGUCUGCUAUGCGUGCAGCAAUGUGCAGAUGACAGACCAAACAUGUCUUCUGUGGUUAUGAUGUUGGCUAAUGAAAAUUUAUUAUUACCUGAAGCUAAAGAGCCUGGUUUUUUUACUGAAAGAAGGAUAGCAACUUCAGAAUAUUCUUCCAGCACUCAAGGAGGGAGUUCAGUAAACGAAGUCUCCAUUUCUCUCCUAGAUCCCCGCUAAGAUUAAGUGACACAAACACAUUAUAUUUCUCUCAAUCUUAUUAUUAUGAUUCUUGAAAUAGGUUUAUCCUUUAUGUUUUACUUGCAAAUCACCAAAGUACAUUUUCAUUUAUUUUUUGUUUUUGUUUUAUUUUGGUACCUCCAUAAAUACACUUUUCUUGGUUCGUUA